GCUAUAUCAAUCCUCCUGCCAACCUCCAGAUUCCUCCCUCACCAUCGUCCAGGCAUCAUCACCCCUGCCAUCACUGUAUCCCUCCUCGUGCUGCCAUGGAGGGAGGCGCAGCAGCAGCAGCAGCGCCGGCCUUCACCCUGCCACGCUUCUACGACUACCCUCCCUACUUCACGCUGCAGCCGAUCAAGGCGACGCGUGAGCGGCAGGUGCGGCUGUGGGCGGAGCUGAUCGUGGCGUGGUGCCGCCACCACCGCACGCUGCUCGUGCCCCUCGACCACUUCCCCCUCUUCCACCACCCCGCCAUCCAGCGCAAGCUGACGUUCGAGGCGCGGCAGGUCUUUCUCGAGGCUCUCGUUGCAGAAGGGCGGGCGGAGUGGACGGAUCGGAGUCGAACGCGGUGCCUCAUUCUGUGGAAGUCCAUCAACGACUGGGCCGACACCCUGCUGCACUUCGUGCGCGAGAACGGAUUCGGAGAUUCUGUUUUGACACUCGAGGAAAUACGAGCAGGGGAUGAUACGAAAGGGACAG